GCAACUGCCUCGCCUGACUCUGUCGUCCCUGGUGCCAAAAGCCUUGCUUGCCAAAUGGGAACUUGAAGAGGACGACAAUGAGUCUGUCCUGCCGAGCGAGUCCGUCAAGACAAUGGUCGAGAACGAAGAUUUUGUAGGAUGCAAAGCUGUGCACAAUUGCGCCAAUCGUCUGCGGCGCUCAGAGCGGGAGUUUGCAGCCGAGCGCAUCCAUCUCGCUGCAGAUCUCGUCAGCAUCCCCGUAGUCAAUCCAGACGACCGCCUUCGUGACAAAAAGCAGGCAAGCGGCAAGCGCACGUCAGCCUUCACCUUUGCUGCUGUUUCAAUCGAAAGUGGACGCGUCGCGGGUGUACGCACGCGCUAG